AUGCACAGCUUUGUAGGAAAACCUGUUGUCUUCAACCUGCGACCUCUGAGUCAGAGAUCGCGGGCACGAUCGGUCUUGCACGCCCCCCCCCCUCCCCACCGAUUCGCCGUGCCCGCGCGCCACUGGGUGCGCGCAGGACCCGUCCCUACAGCAGCGGAGAGCAGCGCAUCCAUCCUGCCGUGGAGCCGGGAGCGUGGAGCCGCGAGGAGCGCACAGAGAGAGCGACAGAACAUGGAUGGAGUGGGAUCGUUCGGAGCGGGCCGGGCCGGGUCCACCAUCGACCCGAUUACCUUCGCCAAACAGCCGCAGACCAUCCUCAGAGUGCUGUCCUGGAUAUUUUCCCUGGUGGUCUUUGCCUCCAUCGUGAACGAGGGUUAUGUCAACAUAGGCAGCGAGCGUCUCUACUGUGUCUUCAAUAAGAAUGCCGAUGCCUGUAACUACGGUGUGUUCGUGGGCCUGGUGGGCCUGCUGGCGUGCUCCUUUUUCUUCCUACUCGACUACAAGUUCUCCUCCAUCAGCUCCGUCAAAGACAGGAAGAAGGCGGUAAUGCUUGAGAUCGGCUUCUCAGGUGAGGAGGCAACCGUGUGCAGUCGUAUUUACUGA